UGCAUUAUAUUUUUUUCUUCACUACCCCAGCCCUGCAAAUGUGUUUUGGCCGUGCGUUUGUAUUUCUGUUGUUUUUCCAAUCCAAACGACAUUUCUUGGACUCCCAAUAAUCUUACGCGUCGGAUGCUAUAGAUGCCCAGGAAGAGGCUUGCAUGAUUAACACAUGUGAAGAGCAUGCGUGCCUGCAUACGUGACACCCCACUGGGUGAACGCGGGGUCCUGUCUCCCGCCGUUUGCGUCCUUGGGAAAGUCACUAGCAAAAGGGCUUAUGAUGUUCCUGCUUUUCAACUCCGCUUCCGAUACCUGCAGUUCCUCCUUUCUGCGUCUUUGCGCGUCGCUUAGGUUCACGUUGCCUGUGUGUAUCCGCUGCCCCAUUUGCCCUUUGCACCGCCUCUACAUAUCGACAUCUUGCGAGAACAGCCCUUCUCUUCCCGCUCAGCACCGGGAGGUGUUACCUGGAUACCUGUUUUAGGGGUCUGGCUGGAGGAGCUCCUGCGCGGGCAGUAUUUCCAUCUGGGAGCUGCUGGAUCGACUGGCUCCGGUCCAAAGCAAGUCGUUUGCUGCCCCCGUCGCGGGCUGCCUGAACUUCGGAGGUGGGUGUGUUGAAAAAGAAAAAAAAGAGGUCGUUUUGUGAGCUGGGGGAAAGAUUUGGAGCCCUCAGACUCUGGACCGACAGAUGGGCUCCUAAGAAAAUGUCUUCUCUCCGCUCAGAUCACUGGUAUGCGAGUCAUUCGGAGCUGGCCUGCGGAGUCCCUUACAGCCUAGAAGCUCCUUAGCAAUUAAGAUGAAGGAGCCUGGCGAUACCAGACGGGAGGAGGUGUGUGUGUCUCUUGCAGCAAUGUCAGGGGAUUCAGGUCCAGUCCCAGAGCUGGUAAACGGUAACAGUUGCUGUCAGGAAAACAAGUCAUCAAGUCUUCGAGUCUCAGAGAAAAAGUGCUCAUGGGCUUCUUAUAUGACCAACUCUCCCACUCUGAUUGUAAUGAUUGGCCUUCCUGCAAGAGGCAAAACCUACGUUUCUAAGAAAUUAACUCGCUACCUCAACUGGAUUGGAGUGCCUACAAAAGUGUUUAAUUUAGGAGUUUAUCGUCGUGAAGCUGUUAAAUCGUACAAGUCCUAUGACUUCUUCAGACACGAUAAUGAAGAAGCCAUGAGGAUUCGAAAACAGUGUGCCUUGGUUGCCCUUGAAGAUGUGAAAGCUUAUCUUACAGAGGACUGUGGCCAGAUAGCUGUCUUUGAUGCAACCAACACAACCCGAGAGAGGCGAGAUUUGAUACUAACUUUUGCAAAAGAAAAUUCCUUUAAGGUAUUUUUUGUGGAAUCUGUUUGUGAUGAUCCAGAAGUCAUUGCUGCAAAUAUAUUGGAAGUGAAGGUCUCCAGUCCUGACUACCCGGAGAGAAACCGAGAGAAUGUGAUGGAUGAUUUCCUGAAGCGUAUCGAGUGCUAUAAGGUCACCUAUCAGCCCCUUGAUCCAGUUAAUUAUGACAAAGACCUCUCUUUCAUUAAAGUGAUAAAUGUGGGGCAACGUUUCCUCGUCAACCGUGUCCAGGAUUACAUUCAAAGUAAAAUUGUCUAUUACCUCAUGAAUAUUCAUGUUCAGCCACGCACCAUAUACCUUUGUAGACACGGUGAGAGCGAGUGCAACCUUGUUGGCAAGAUUGGUGGGGAUUCAGGCCUCUCGACACGAGGGAAACAGUUUGCGCAAGCAUUGAAGAAAUUCAUCAAAGAGCAGGAAAUUGUGGAUCUGAAGGUGUGGACUAGCCAGCUGAAGAGAACCAUCCAGACAGCCGAGACCUUAGGUGUACCAUAUGAGCAGUGGAAAAUUCUUAAUGAGAUUGAUGCUGGAGUAUGUGAAGAAAUGACCUAUAAAGACAUUCAGAGGACGUACCCAGAGGAGUUUGCACUUCGGGAUCAAGAGAAAUACCUUUAUCGUUACCCUGGAGGAGAAUCUUACCAAGAUUUGGUCCAGCGCUUAGAACCUGUGAUUAUGGAACUGGAACGUCAGGGAAAUGUCCUAGUUGUCUCUCACCAGGCAGUUAUGAGAUGCUUACUGGCCUACUUCCUUGAUAAGAGCGCAGAUGAGCUGCCGUAUAUGAAGUGCCCUCUUCAUACCAUUUUUGCACUCACUCCAGUUGCUUAUGGUUGUAAGCUGGAAAUGAUCUCCUUGAAUGUGGAAGCUGUGGACACACAUCGAGACAAGCCAUCCAUAGCAACAAACAACCUUCCAAAGAGCCAAACCCCUGUAAGGAUGAGAAGGAACAGCUUUACACCACUAGCCAGCUCGGACACAGUAAGGCGUCCUCGCAAUUACAGUGUUGGGAGCAAGCCCCUCAACCCAGCAGGGUCUCUGCUGUUCCCAGAGGCUCGGGAUGCGGCCAAUGAACAGAAGCUGCAAGACGGUGUUCAGAGAACAGCUGGCUUAGUAAUGUAGAAGUAUUCCAUCUGUGUCUUUGAAAAUCGACAUGAAGGCCUCAGAAAAUGCAUCAACUUGGAGUGGAAUGCCUUACAUUUGAUGGAAGCCUGUAUGUUCAAUGAAGCUACUGUCUUGGGGCUUUAAAACAUGGUGGGCAUGUUAGUUUUUUGAAUCAAUGAACUGUGAUCUCCAAUAUCUCAAAAAAACAGCAACAGUGGUAGUAGUGAAAAUUCUCUGUGUGAUAAAUGCUCCUGCAAGCUCUCUUUGCACCUCUCAAGACCCUGUGAUGCACUUACAGUAUGAUGAAGUUACAGUGCAAAUUUAUACCAGGUUCAAACUUGUUUAAGUGUCAUGGCCACAGCCAAGAGAUCCUAGGUGAGGUAUUUCUAUAAAAGGCAAGGUAACAGUAUCAGAAAACAAUCAGCACUCCUGCAAUGCUAUAGUUUUGGGAAGGAAUUCUGUAACAUUUAAA